AUUUGCUGUGGCUUCCAUGGCACCUGCACAUAUUCCCGUCAGGCCAUGGGCGAACAGAGGCAGUGUCCCAGUCGGGCCAGCUGGGAUCACACGAGUGAUGCCGAGGCCUGCAAGUGCCAUAAGGCCACCUUCUCCUGGGCCCGUUAUUCGACCAGCGAUGCAGGUGAACAGAAUCGCCCCUGUCAAGGCAACGCAAGCACCGAAGCCAUUGCAACCUCUCAAGGCAGUGAAAGCUGAGGAAGAGCCCGAGAAAAAGGCUGAGAAAGAGCCUGCCCUGCGAGUCGUGGCAUUGGACCAGGCCUUGAACCGUGCUCUGACCUUGACCGGAGACUACACAGACAUUGGGGAGCACCACAACAGGAGGUCCUAUCAACGGAUACCGGACGAUGGCCGCACUGAUGUCUUUCUUUACUACUGGGAUAGCAGGGAUGAUCCGACCCAGGGGGGCUGGUGGUUUGGCAAUGCCUUGGGCGGAGAAGAGGUUUGGGCACGGCACGAGGGAGAGGAUGAAGCACCGCCUUCCAAAGGUUGGAAGGUCCCCUGGGACACCCAGACUCAGACUGAUCUCAUCGGGGUAGAACUUCUGGCGCAGGCAGAUCAGGAGAGAAAAUCGGCUGAGGAUACCACCAUCUCCAAAGCUCAGGUUGACAAAUUGGUGGAGGAUAUGAAACCCCUGUGGGCAAGGUGCACCGAAGCCCUGGAGAAAGGUGAAGAGUUGGAGGAGCUACAGGAGCUCAUCCUGCAGCGCCAGAAGUCAACCAUGGAGUUUUCCCAACGACUUCAGAAACAGAUCGGUGACGGUCGACGCAGCAAAGCGCCCACUGCGCAGAUUAAUGCCCUGAUCACACUGCAGCCGGCUGUGCGAGUAGUGCAGGCUCGGCUUGCCACUGAGCUGCGGAAGGUGAAGACUGAGUUGCUGAAGUCGUCCUCCAAAUCUUCGAUCCAGGUGAAAGUUGAGCCAGACGCCCCGAAAGCAACGCAACAGCCGGCACGACCGCAACCAGGGAAGCCACAGCCACCUGCACACCCGCCACAUGCGCAGCAUGCGCAGCAUGCGCAACAUGCACCAGGGCAUACAGGGAAGCCAGGGAAGCCACCUCUUUCCCAGGGGAAGCCACCCAUAAAACAAGGGAAACCACCAGAACCAGAAAAACCACCAGAACCGGAGAAUCCACCACCUGAUCAGGAACCUGAUCUUUCCGCAGCUGAUAUCGUCGUCCGAGAUUUUGAGGACUCCGUGGGGUCGAUCUUGGAGAUGGCUGAGCCUUUGCUGCAGGAUUGCAUUGGAGAUGCGUCUGCUGUGGAGGAGGUGGAGACUUCUGCAAGAGAUCUGGAGAAGCAAAUCCCUUCGUUGCGAUCUCGUGUGUCGGAGCUCACACAGGUGACUACGGGCAUCCCAGUGCAGCUGCGUUCCAAGUGCAUACAGGGUGCCCAGAAGAUGCAAACGCGCCUCACGGAGGCGACCAAGAAACUGGCGCCGCUGAAAAACUUCAAGGCUCAUUUCAAGGAGAGAUCUGAGGCCAAGAAGGAAACGGAGAGUCUUCAGACCUCCUUGAGCGAAGUAGAGCUCGAGGUCGAAAAAGUGUCGAUGAUGCUUACCCUGUCGAGCCAAAUCCAGAUGUGUGAGGAGGAAUUGGAGCUGUCGGAGCGACUGCUCAAAGAGGCACAGACUUCACUGCAGAAGUGGAAUGUCGACAUCGUGAAGAGGUCGCCGAGGGCUGCUGCUGCUGCAGCAGAAAUGAGAAGACUUAAACAGAAUGCCCAGGAGCAUCAAAAGAAGAUGGAUCAGCUCUUUCAAAAGAUCAAGUCUCAACGCUCUGGACUCUACGCGCGCCAGCUGGUGAAGGAGGCCACCGCGAAAGUGGUGAUUGCAGAGGAUUCGCUGAUGAAAUGCUCAGAGGCUGAGAUGCCCUUCUUGAAAGGCAUCGAGGUCUUGCCCAAGGAGGAGUCUGUGCCAGCGCUGCGAGCCUGUGACCUGGCCAUCAAGGCGUCGCUGGCAGCAGAAGGUGCGGCCGUGGCGUUUCUCCGGAGCAAAAUCCCCGAGGUCAAACGCUUGGCCAUUGAACAGUCCGCGAGCACAGACAUGGAACAGCUCCUGAAGCGAACCGCAACAUGCCGCGAGAAGAUUGACAGCUUCAAGCAGGAGACUGAGCAGCGGAGAAGCAGCAGCUGCCUUGCGGACGUGAUGGUGCACAUGCAAAAGGCUGUGUCAGCUUCAGCGGAGCUCAAGAAAUGGGCAAGCAUUUGUGAGAAGGGCUUGGAAGCCUCAGUGGAAGAAUUGACCAAAGCCUUGGACGAAGCACCCAAAGCUCAAAAGGCCCUAGCUCAGGCUGUGGCCGAGACCUCCAAGCAAUUGGUAAAGGAGGCACAGGAGGCUUCGGCCAGUCAAAAGCAGGAUAUCAAGAGUCGCCUUGCUGCCAUGUCACAGGAGGCGACGAAGCAUCGCGCCACAGUAGCACAGGCGUCCAAAGCAUUGAAAAGCAAAGAGUUGUUGGAAGAUCAGCAGCGACGCACUGAUCAGCUGGAAGCGCAACUCGCACAUUUGCAGGAGAUCAGUGCAUCUCUCUCUGAGGAGGAGGAGCAGGUCAUGGAGGAACAGAAAGUAAUGGACUCUCUGCAGAAGAGUCUGCAGACCGCCUUGAACGCAGCUCAGUUGAGAGCUAGCAACGCAAAGCCGAGUCUGAAAACUGCCUUGCAAAGCAUUCUGGAGCGUCAAAGGAAGGUCCAUACGCAGUUAAACACUUUGGUUGCCACCUCCAAGGAGCGGCGGGAGAAAACCCUCACGGAAAUUUGGCAGCGAGGAGCAACUGAACGUCUCGAUCAGCUACAAAAGUUGAAGACGGAGGCGGAGCAAUUGGAGAUACCAUUCCUCAGAGGUCUAGAAGUUUUGCCUUAUGAAGAGGCCAUUGGUGCUGUGACUGGUAUGGAAGAGGUUGCCAAGAAGAUGGAGGCUGGGCUGCAAGAGGCCAGGAGUUUCAUCGCAGCCAAGAGCCUGGCGUGCAAAGCCAUGGGUGCUACCAAGCAACGAGAUCAACUGCUCCAACGGAACGCUGCACUGCCGCCACUAUCCUCAUGGCUUGGAGAGCUCCGCCAGACAAAUCUGGCACGACGCAAAGCGGCACAAGCACAAGCUGCAGAAGCAAAGAUCUCAGCCUUUGAGAAGGCAGUUGAUGCUUUGGUCGAGGAGGCAGCCAAGGAUGACGAUGAGAAGCUGUUGAAAAACUGUGAAGCUCGGAGAGCAAAGGUUUCUACUGUAGAGGCGUUGGCCCGAGAGGCACAUGAAGCUUUGAAAAGCACGGCGUCAAAGGAGCUCCAACCCGACUGGCAGAGUUCAGUGGUACGCUUGAAGCGAGCGGAGAAAAAGCUCGAAACUUCCGUUACACGGAAGCUGAAGGAAUUUGAGCGACAGGUCAGCGUCGGCAAACUUCUAGUGCAGGUGAAGAAACACUUGGAAGAGAUGGAUGUAGAGGUGAAGACCUGUGAGACGAAAGCAGGGUUGGCCUUGGCACCAACGCCAUCGGUUCUUUGCCAGGAAACCAUGGCAGUAGCGCUGCAAGAACGCAUGAAAGACAAGGCCUGGAGCUUUGAACAGCUCUUCAAGGACUUGGUGAAUGGCAACAAACAGGUGAGUCCUGAGCAGCUGGUGAAAUAUGUCACCACCCUGAAGCCCAAAGCGAUCUCAGAGGAGCAGCGAGAAGCCUGGCUGCAAGGGCAACAGGUUUCUAUCGAUUUGGCCUCGUUGAAGAGCCUGGCGCGGCGUUGUGGAAAAUGCGCUGCUGCAGCGCGGGUGGAGAACGAGAAAGGCGAACUCGUGACAGAGUUGAAGCCUGGAGAUUUGCUGGUGAUCCAUGGCACGAAGGGCACGAGAGAUGGCAAGGAGCUUCUUGAGGUGGAACUUCUUUCAGGUGUCAAGGGUUUUGCCAGCUGCAAGACCAAGGAGAAGCUGCAGCUGCUCCCGUGCAGCACCUUUGAGUUCCACUGUGAAGAGCUCGAGCGGCUUGUACAGGAGUCCUUGACGAAAAUUCAGGCCAAGGUGACUCAACUCACCUCAGAGGCGAAGGAGGUGCAGACAGGACCAGACGAGGUGAGGGCUGAGCUCGCAAAGCUCACACCCAAGCUGCAGGUGCCAGUGGCUGGGCUCUCCUUGCUCCAGAAGAAGAUUGCGGUGUCCAAGCGCAACUUCGCCAAAGGGCAGGCAUCUGAGCGACAAAAACUCUUCGACAAUCUGCACCAAAAUGAGGCGGAGGAAGUGGUUGCUAAAAUGGAAGCAAAAGUCGAGGAAGCCGAGGCAUUGCAACAAGAGCUACAAAGCAAGCUCGCCAAGCUCAAGAAGACGGAGGGAGGAGGCACAGAAGAGUGCCAGCGCCCAGUUUCAUUGCAGAAGGAGCUGAAUGAAUUGCACAAGAAGAUUAUGGCAGCCACAGAUGAAGCCAAGGCUGUGGUCUUACAGGAGCAAGAGAAGGUAAAAUCGUGCCCGCAGGCGGUGAAGCAACAGCUUCUCAAACUCACCAAGCGAUCUCAGAAGGCCAAGAGUGAAGGCGCUUCUGAAAUGAAGACUUUGGAGAAAGCCGUCGAGGCCAUUCGCACAUCAGCGUUCUCAAAGUUAAGCGUGAUUCUGCGGAAAUCUCCAAGCCAUGCUGUCUUGAGGAGUAAACAGGAGCUUGAGAAGCUGAUUCGAAAGGAAUUGGACGCUCCAGAGGAGCACCAGCAGCUGCUGAUUGAAAGCCUCGGGGAUGAUGAAUUGAAGUUGUUGCAGUUGUCCCAAAAGUACCUCAUGGUUCAGCGUCCGAUUGCCAUGACGAACAGCAGCAAUCUGGAGGAUGCAAAGACAGUGCGAAAGUUGACACCUCCGGAGAUCCUACAAGUCUUGGAGGGGCCUUCAACUUGUGGUGAUUUGCAGCGCGUCUUCGCUCGUGCCCUUCGCGAUGGCGUUGAGGGGUGGGUGACCAUGGAAGGCAAUCAGGGCACCAGCUACGUCAAGGACGCGGCCAAGCCUUUCUAUGUUUGCAUCAGCAAAGAAGAGAUUGCUUUGGGCGACGACACAUUGAAGCUGGGCGAAGUUGUGGAGCUGAUGCAGGGUCCUGAUCGAACGAGCUCCAACAUUCAAAGAGCGCGCUGCCAGGCGCUCUCCGAUCAAGCCUCUGGAUGGUUUACCUUGGUGGACAAGUUUGGCACCGCCUAUGCCGAAAAGCUUCCGAACCUGUACAAAUGCUCAUCUGCAGUGGCAAUGACAGAAGAAUUGGACAUAGAAAGCAAAGUCAUAGGCCGACUUGCCAAGGGCACUUGCUUGGUGCCGGAGGGAGGCCCAUCAACUGAUCCCAAGGGUGAUUUGCAGCGUUUGUUUGGCCGCAUCGUUGGAUCUGGCUCUGUCGGCUGGGUCACCGUGAAAGGUAACGCAGGAACUGUCUUCCUGGAAGCUUGCCAGAAUCACUACGCCAUUCUUCAGCCUACAUCGCUUGAGAAGUCUCGAGAGAUGCAGGUGGAUGAAGUCGUUCAGGUACUUGAAGUCAAGGAAGAGACAUCUCCCAACGAGCAGCGGAUGAAAGUGAGGAACUUGGCACGAGGUCACAGUGGUUGGAUAUCGGUCAACCCAAAGUUUAUAAAGCCGUGGUCGAAGCAGUACACCGCGCGUGUGCCGCAGAGCCUGAAAGACGGCGCUGAAGUAUUACGAGAGGUGGCCAAAGGCGAGCAAUUUCAAGCCCUAGGAUUGCCAAAGAGCGAAGAUGGCAUGCUGAAAGUGAGAGUCAAAGCAAAGAAAGAUGGUAUCGCGGGCUCGCUCCUCGUCCAGGACAAGCAACAGCUGCUUGAUUUCUGAGCGAAAAA